AUGACGUCUGUGGCAGGUGAUGCGAUGAGGAGGAAGACGGCGUGCGUCACCGGAGGGGACGGGUACAUCGCCUCGGCCCUUGUGAAGAUACUGCUGCAGAAGGGAUACACCCUCAAGACGGCAGUCAGAAAGUCUGAUGACAUGAAGAAUCACCCCCAUCUCAAGGACUUGCAAGCGCUCGGCCCCUUGGAUGUCUUCCGCGCCGACCUGGAGGACGAGGGCAGCUUCGACCAGGCCGUGGCCGGCUGCGACUAUGCCUUCCUCGUCGCGGCUCCGAUGAACCUCAACGCAGAGAACCCUGAGAAAGAAGUGAUCGAGCUGGCUGUCAGUGGAACCCUUAACGUAAUGAGGUCGUGCGUGAGGGCGAGGACGGUGAAGCGUGUGAUCCUGACAUCGUCAGUGGCCGCUGUCGUUGGCCGGCCUCUGCUACUGGCAGACAGCCAUGUCCUCGACGAGGAGUCCUGGAGCGACGUCGAGUACCUCAGAGUGACCAAUGCCGGCGGCUGGGCCUACCAUGUCUCGAAGGUGCUUAUGGAAAAGGCGGCAUGGACUUUCGCUCAGGACAGCGGCAUAAGCCUUGUUACGGUGUGCCCCCCAUUCACAGUUGGCGAGGCGCCGGCGACGAUUGUCCACACCAGCGUCCCUAGUGUCCUUUCUUUGCUAACUGGUGACGACGAGAAGAUCCGCGGCCUGGAACUCAUCGAGAAGGCGUUUGGCUCGAUCCCGAUGGUCCAUGUCCGCGACCUCUGCCGUGCAAAGAUCUUUGUAGCCGAAGAGGAGGGUGCGUCAGGAAGAUAUAUCUGCAGCUGCCCUGGCCUCGACCCCACUCUCGCGGAGCUAGCCACCUUCCUGGCCUCCAAGUACCCGCAGUACAACGUCAAUAGCGACAGGUUCGGUGGUCGCCCCGAGAAGCUGAGAGUCUGCAUUUCGUCGGCGAAGCUCGUCGGGGAAGGGUUCGAGUUCAGGUACAAGGCGUUGGACGAGAUAUACGAUGAUGUCGUCAACUACGGAAGGUCCUUGGGAAUCCUUCCGUACUAG